AUGGAAGUUUUACACUUUGUAUUUGGUGUUUUUGGAAAUGCCACUGCUUUAUUCCUCUUCUUGGCUCCAAUGAUUACGUUCAUGAGGAUCAUUAGAAGCAAGUCCACAGAAGAAUUCUCAGGAAUACCUUAUGUGAUGACCUUGCUCAACUGUCUCCUCUCUGCUUGGUAUGGCCUUCCCUUUGUAUCAAAAAACAACCUUCUAGUAUCAACAAUCAAUGGCGCCGGAGCGGCAAUCGAGUCCAUUUAUGUGCUUAUCUUCAUCUUCUAUGCACCUAAAAAGGAGAAAGCUAAAAUCAUUGGGCUCUUCACAUUUGUACUCACUGUUUUCUCUGCUGUUGCACUCAUCUCCCUCCUCGCCCUCCAUGGAAAUGCUAGAAAGCUCUUCUGUGGCCUUGCUGCUACCAUUUUCUCCAUCAUCAUGUAUGCUUCACCUCUUUCAAUCAUGAGGCUGGUGAUCAAGACUAAAAGUGUGGAGUUCAUGCCAUUCUUCUUGUCACUCUUUGUAUUCCUCUGUGGUACUUCAUGGUUCAUCUUUGGCCUUCUUGGCCGUGAUGCUUUUAUUGCUAUCCCCAAUGGUUUUGGGUGUGGGCUGGGGUUCAUGCAGCUCGUCCUUUAUUGCAUCUAUCGCGGCAACAAGGGCUUUGAAGAAACAAAGAAUUCCAAUGCCAACGAAACUGUUGUGAUGGAACAUGAGAAACAAGCAAAUGGAAAAGUUGCUCAACAUGAACAUGUGUUAGUUUGA